AUGAGAAGAGCAGAUUACGACCAAGUUCCGAAUCGAAUAAUCCCGCCUCAAGGCUCGGCGCUUGACCCGCGAUACGAGAGAAGUGCUCGCAUACUUCCGGCGCCCACUAUCCGUCAACCGCUUCUUGGCAACGCUCCUCCGCAAGUCGCAUCAUAUGCCAACGGUUAUGAAUCAGCCUAUAAUAACUACAACAUGGAUCCUUCGAGAAGACGUGGAUUCGAUAAAGGACCAUUGGGAGAAGACUUGCGACGCGUUGAUGGGCAUCGACCGCUGAUGAGAAACCCAAGACUCGCUGUAGAACACGUUGGUGGAGACAUGGAUAUCUCGAGAAGCAGAUCGCCGUCUCCAGAAGUGCAGGUUAUCAAGGCGCGCUCGGUUCGAGAUGAUCGAAAGAAGUAUCGUGGCGAUAGCAGUCGCAGAAGAUCGCGCUCCAGGUCAAGAUCGCCUUCUCGUAGCGAUCGUGGAGACCGUGAUCAUCGAAGAGCUCCAAACCCAUUGAGAAUGGAUCGGGAUGACUAUGAUCGGGAGAGAGUCAAUAGCCGAUAUGAGGAUCCACCGCCACAGAUACGCGACGGGAUCGUGCACACCAGUGAGAACUACUUUGACUUCUUGAUGCACUACGUGGACACACUGCACGAUCAGCUUCAAGUAAGCCGUGGUAACGCGCCGGUGGUUAGAAGGAUGAAUAUGACUAUCACUGAAGCGUCUCCCCUUGAAAAGAAGACUAUCGUGCUCCCACCGAUUUUCGAUGACUCGGAUCGAGAGAGAAUGCUGCAUUGUGACACCACCAUCGCCGGUCUUCCAACCUCGAUAUUCUAUGGUAGUGGCUAUGGACCACGUGUUCAUUAUGCAAAGUAUUCUGCUGCUAAGGAUUUGAUAGAUAAAUGUCAUAGAAUCGGAGUCUUGUCUAGCGUUCUCUACGCAGCGAUUGGCGAUUUUGAACGCGUUGAUAACGACUUCAAAGUGCGAUUCGCGAAUCACAUUUCCAAGGCUGUCAAUGCGGUGAUCCUGUUGAUUCAGAGAAUGACUACAGUCAAACUUCUACGCUUUCUGUUGAAUAAAAAAUUAGAAGAAUUUUAUCCCCGAUUUUCAGAGCGUCGAAAAGUGGACAACGCGAUGUGCCUCUUCACCUAUUUCGAGCAAAUUCCGUGGGCGUUGAUGGGCGGGAUGACGAUGAUUCCAGAGGCGUCAGUCAGAAAGCUAUUACCUCCAGAGAGCAUAUAUAACGCGUGGCGCUGUCAAUUCUUUCAAUCGCUACAGUAUCUGCUCCCUCAAAUGAUUUUCAGCAGAAUCGCACGAUUCGUAGAUAGGGGUGACUGGUGCACCGAAGUGAUCACAGGCGAGCAGUUUAGAGAAGUGAUUCAGCGAGUUCGAAAGGCGAAAUUGAAUCCAAUGUACACCAUCCUGUGGACCACGAAACCAACGGAUUUUGAUCCCCGAAAUCAGCAAUUUGCGAAUGCAAGAUCAGCACUGAUCAGACAAAUGGAAGCGGAAGUGAAAUCAUUAUGGACGUACGAGACAAUAGGAAUGUAUCUAAAAAUGUAUUUCUAA